AACUGAGGUAGAGUGAGAGGAUCCGAGCUGACGAAAAUGGCAACGACGCUAGAAGAAUCGUUGGACGGGCCAUAUUAUUUAGAAAAAGUGUCCAUUCCAGAGGACUCCGAGGACGGUUUUGAGUACAAUGAGAUUUCCGUCGACGAGGAAAGUGUGCAUGAAGGAGAAGAAGAUUUGAAAACGGCUGUUAAAGCUUUACACAAACCCACUGAUCGCUCAGAGACUACACUAGAGGAGUUAGCUUCAUCUGCCAAGCAGCGUUCUAGCCCCGUCCCAGAAGUGGUGGAUGACUUUCUUCGCAACUUUCUUGUAAAAAUGGGGAUGAUCAGAACGUUAGAUUGCUUCCAGACCGAAUGGUUUGAGAUGCUACAAAAGGGCACACUUAAAACAGACCUAGUAGGUUUGGUACCAGACACCUACACACACAACCAGCUUUUGGACAACCAACUCAAAAAUGCCCAUAGGGAACGAGAGAGCUACAGGCAAUCUGCCUUCCAGGCUGCAGAAACCAUCGUGAAGCUUCAGAAGGAGCGAGACUUUCACAGACUGCAGCAUAAGCGUGUUGUUCAGGAGAAAAACAGACUGAUCGAAGACAUUCGACGGCUAAAGAAGCACUAUGCCACAUAUGAGCCCGCUUUAAAUGAACUGAAUGAGAAGUAUCAGGUGGCUUUAAGGCAAAAAAUGCUGGUCAGUAUUGAGAGAGACAGAGUCAUUGGACAAAUUUCUGACAGCCGCAAUGCACACUCCUCCCAUGCAACUCACAGAGAUCUAAAAGAAAGUGGGCAGCAAAAGUUCCAACAUAGUCCAGAGCGGGGUACAAGACAAUCACCUGAUGAAGUGGCUCAUUGUGAUUCCACUAAGAUGAAGAACACUAACAAACAUCCAAAAGACUCUGUGUUCCCAGCCACCACUCGCAUAAAUCCUUACCUGCCACAGAUAAAAGCACUAUCUGCCCUAAGCAGCAAAAUAUCUGGCUUCUCCAUAACCAAAUCUAUUAAAGCUCACACCAUGCCUGUUAGCUGUCUUGCUCUUCACCCUCGCAAACUUGUUGUAGCUUCUGCCAGUGAUGAUCAUCUCUGGAGGCUUUGGGGGAUGCCAGAAGGAGAGAUGAUCAUGACUGGUGAGGGUCACACUGACUGGCUGUCUUUCUGUAGUUUUCACCCCAGUGGUGGUUGUAUGGCAACCACAAGUGGGGACACCACAGUGAAGAUCUGGGAUUUUGCCAAAUCUUGUUGUGUGCUGACCCUAGAGGGCCACGCUCAUGCCACCUGGGGAUGCACAUUCCACUCCUGUGGGGACUUUGUAGCCUCCUGUUCCAUGGACAACACAGCAAAAGUGUGGGACCUAAACAGCGAGCGUUGUCGCUAUACCCUCCGAGGCCAUGUCGACUCAGUGAACAGUAUUAACUUCCUACCCUUCUCCAACAUUGUGCUAACCUGCUCUGCUGAUAAGACAAUCUCAUUAUGGGAUGCCCGAACUGGACUGUGUGCUCAGACCUUCUAUGGGCACAAGCAUUCAUGCAACAGUGCCACCUUUAAUGCCCUCGGAGACAUUAUUGCUUCCUGUGACUCCUAUGGUGUAGUGAAAUUAUGGGAUGUGAGGAACUUGUCAGCCAUGGUGACCAUUGAUACAGGACCAUACUCUAGCAACCAAGUGGUGUUCAGUCCAAAUGGACAAGUGCUGGCAGUUGCAAGUGAUGAUGCUUCUGUAAAGCUGGUGGAAGUGGCAUCUUCAUAUGUGUCUAGCUUGUUAGGGCAUCAUGAUGCUGUUCAGAGUGUCAUUUUUGAUCAUAAAGGAGAUUUAUUUUCUGCUGGAUCUGAUGGCGAAAUUUUUGUUUGGUCAUAAUUUACAUUUAAUAAAAUAUCUAUCCAAGAGGAUUAAAAUUCAUGUAUGAUCUAUUGAAAUGCAUUUACAAUUUAACAUGUGUACAUUGCAAAAAUGUUUUUAAACAUUUAUAUAAUAAGAAAUACAUUUAUGCUGUUUUAAGUUACUAAGGAUAUGCUAAAUGAACAG